AUGGACCCAUCGUUGUACAAAGACACCAUUACCUCUCGCAGGCUGACCUACCACUAUUACUUCUCCCCCGCCCGACCCUCGAAGCCAACCUUGCUGCUCUGUCAUGGGUUCCAUUCCACGGCUUAUGACUGGCGCCGCAUUGUGCCCCACCUGAAAGAGAAGGGAUACGGCAUCCUCGCCCCCGACAUGCUCGGCUUCGGCGAGACCGCCAAGCCAACAGACCCGGCGGCGUACGUCCCGAGCCUGAUCUCCAGAGACAUCGUCGACAUCCUGGACGCCGAGAACCUUGAAAAGGUUGUCGCAAUCGGUCACGACUGGGGUUCCAAGGCGGUUUCGCGCCUCGCGAACUAUUAUCCCGAGCGGUUCCUCGCCUACGCGUUCUUCGCUGUCCCGUUCAUGGGGAUAACUCCCCCGACUGACUUUCAGAUAUCCCUGGACUACUUGAAGCAGAAGUAUGGAUACGAGAUAUAUGGCUACUGGUCCUUUUUCAGCGCGCCAGACGCGGACGAAGUCAUCCAGGCUCACAUAGACUCGUUCGUCAGCAUCAGCUUUCCAUACGAUCCCACGAUCUGGAAGACGCGUCUCGCUCCGACGGGCGCGCUGAGACGCAGUCUGCUCGAGGACUAUGUUGCGCCUCGGCCGUCCUACUUGUCCGAGGAAGACAAGAAACACUUCGUGGAAACGUUCAGGCGGAGCGGCUUUGAGGCCCCGACGUGCUGGUACAAGGUUAUGACGAGCCAGCUGUCUGCCAAGGACGAUGGACAGAUUCCAUUCGAGCGCGCCCUCCCGCCGAUGAGCGCGCCACUCUACUUCGGUGCCGCUAAACAAGAUUAUAUCUGUCUUCCCAAGAUCGGUUAUGCUGUAUUUGGGAGUGAUGGGUUCAGCAAGCACAGUGUGACAAAGAAAGAAUACGACGCGGACCACUGGCUCAUUCUCUCAAAACCAGACGAGAUUGCCCAUGACCUUAAUGCAUGGAUUGAGAGCACUGUCGCUACAAAGGCCCAUCUCUAG